AUGAUAUUUGGUGGUAACAAAGAAAUCCGAGUAAGGAAAACACAUAAGAAUGGUGCAUAUGUGAAAGGGAAUCUACAUAAGAAUGAUGCAUAUGUGAAAGAGAAUCUACAUUAUAAUGGUGCAUAUGUGAAAGAGAAUCUACAUAACAAUGGUGCAUAUGUGAAAGAGAAUCUACAUACUAAUGGUGCAUAUGUGAAAGAGAAUCUACAUAAGAAUGGUGCAUAUGUGAAAGAGAAUCUACAUAAUAAUGAUGCAUAUGUGAAAGGGAAUCUACAUAAUAAUGGUGCAUAUGUGAAAGGGAAUCUACAUAAGAAUGAUGCAUAUGUGAAAGAGAAUCUACAUAAGAAUGAUGAAUAUGUGAAAGAGAAUCUACAUAAGAAUGAUGCAUAUGUGAAAGGGAAUCUACAUAAUAAUGGUGCUUAUGCGAAAGAGAAUCUACAUAAGAAUGAUGCAUAUGUGAAAGAGAAUCUACAUAAUAAUGAUGCAUAUGUGAAAGGGAAUCUACAUAAGAAUGAUGCAUAUGUGAAAGAGAAUCUACAUAAGAAUGGUGAAUAUGUGAAAGAGAAUCUACAUAAGAAUGAUGCAUAUGUGAAAGGGAAUCUACAUAAUAAUGGUGCAUAUGCGAAAGAGAAUCUACAUAAGAAUGAUGCAUAUGUGAAAGAGAAUCUACAUAAUAAUGAUGCAUAUGUGAAAGGGAAUCUACAUAAGAAUGAUGCAUAUGUGAAAGAGAAUCUACAUAAGAAUGGUGCAUAUGCGAACGAGAAUCUACAUAAGAAUGGUGCAUAUGUGAAAGGGAAUCUACAUAAUAAUGGUGCAUAUGUGAAAGGGAAUCUACAUAAGAAUGAUGCAUAUGUGAAAGGGAAUCUACAUAAUAAUGGUGCAUAUGCGAAAGAGAAUCUACAUAAGAAUGAUGCAUAUGUGAAAGAGAAUCUACAUAAUAAUGGUGCAUAUGUGAAAGGGAAUCUACAUAAGAAUGAUGCAUAUGUGAAAGAGAAUCUACAUAAUAAUGAUGCAUAUGUGAAAGGGAAUCUACAUAAUAAUGGGAAUCUACAUAAGAAUGAUGCAUAUGUGAAAGAGAAUCUACAUAAUAAUGGUGCAUAUGUGAAAGGGAAUCUACAUAAGAAUGAUGCAUAUGUGAAAGAGAAUCUACAUAAUAAUGGUGCAUAUGUGAAAGGGAAUCUACAUAAGAAUGAUGCAUAUGUGAAAGAGAAUGUACAUAAUAAUGGUGCAUAUGUGAAAGAGAAUCUACAUAAGAAUGAUGCAUAUGUGAAAGAGAAUCUACAUAAUAAUGGUGCAUAUGUGAAAGGGAAUCUACAUAAGAAUGAUGCAUAUGUGAAAGAGAAUCUACAUAAGAAUGGUGCAUAUGUGAGAGAAUCUACAUAA